CUCCCAAGAUCAACUGUCUCUGUCUACACAUCAUUGCUAUCUCUUCUUAGCAGCCUUUUCUCGCAGACUUUCUGCCCCGAUUGACUUUGAACACAAAGGCAAUUGAUCCUGCAACCAUGACUGCUCAACAACAGAAAGCCCUGUCUUCUGCCGCGCCUUCGAAAGCGUCUCGAACUCCUCAGACGUCCAAUUCUGUGAGAUCGUCUAGGGGAGAACAUUCGCAUCUGGGACCACAGUCAACCUCCUCACAAGCCUAUGUUGCACAUGAUACGAACAUCGUCAUACGAUUCCCACCCUUCGAGCACGACCUCGACUUCGUCCUUUAUCCGUCGCCCGAAUCCCUUAGCUUCGAUACAGAAUGUACCUCGAAUAUACGGGCAGCUCGGUCAUACAAGUCAAGAUCUCCAUUGGAGAACACAGCGAGUCGGCAAUGUUCAGAGCAAGGACUGGAGAAAUAUCUGGCAAGUGAGGAAUAUUUUGAGAGAGUUGCUCUCGGUUUAGAAACACAGAGGGCCACGAGGGAUGUAAUAGAUCCAAGGCUAUUGGAUAUUUUGGAUGCUCUGUGAAAUGUUCUCCUCUAUGCAGCGAGGGAGCUUGCUAUCUUGUAUUUUGAUACCCCACUUCAGUUCGUUAUAUUCUUAUUCAGUCAACCU